AUGUCGUCUGCUGCAACCUAUACUACCUUUCACGAGGGACUUAGGUCUCCGGAUGUGAAAGUCUCAACCAAAAUCCACAGCCCUGCAACCAAUCUUCCUCCAAAACCUCUACCGUACUGGCUUGUCAACGUCCCCCGGUCACAAUGGACAGCAGAAUGUCCCAGCUAUCUACGCGACACGUCGCAGAAAAAUAUCGAGGUGCUUUCGACCCCUGACGAGCAAUACCGGAGACAGGGGUGGGAGCUAGUAAAGGAGAUAGUCCGGUCCAACCAGAUCGAUCGGUUUCAGCGCCUUCCCAGCGAUUUGAGGAGGUAUCUCGAGUACAAGGAGCAGAUUAUCGCGGAGUAUGGAUCGAUCAUGCGGUUUGUGGUGAAGGAACGGCUUCGCUGGGGUGAAGGGACGGCGGAUGAUCUGAAGCCCAAGGGGCGGCCGUUUGAAUAUGAUGAGGAUAUCCGCAUUCUUUACAAUGACUGGCCGUAUGGAGUCGAGGAAGGCAUUGUUCACUUGGUGGUGUGGACAAAGUUCGAGCUGGAGGAUGAUCCGGUCACGGAUGACCUAACGCCACGCGCACGACAGGAGAUCGAGGAGUAUGUGCAACGGACAUUUCUCUCACGGAUGCCAGCCGAUCAGGUCAUCUGGUUCAAGAACUGGAAGUCAUUAAAGUCAGUGCAUGCCGUGGAGCAUUUCCAUGUCAUGCUGCACCAUCCCGAAGCGGAAUUCCUACGGGAGAUCACAGGAGGGGAUGCUCCGCUGAAACGACAGUCGGCAUGA